AUGUCUGGCUUACGAUCCACGAGCAGCGAUGCCCCCGUGCAGCCGCAGUACAAGGUGAAAUUCAUCGGAAACACGGCGGACGGCGGGCACACAACAUAUAUCAUCCAGGUGUCCCACGUGGACGGGUCUUCCUGGAACCUGCAGAGGCGCUACCGCGCCCUGCGUGAGCUGCACGAUGAGCUGAAGCUCCGCUACGGGGAGAACCUGCCGCACUUUCCGGCUAAGCGCUUCUUCGGAAACAACGACCCGGCCUUCAUCGCCUCGCGACAGGUGGCGCUGGAGCAGUACAUCACCGGUGUGCUGGCGAUUGAGCCAGAGGUGAAGACUCCAGUCUUGCGCAAGUUCCUCGGAGGCCCGAUGCCAUCCCCGGAGCAAAGUCCUUCCCGGCAUGAGCGAGAGAUCAUGGAGGGUCUCGAAGCCAAGCUGCUGAACUUUGCACUGCCUCCGACCCCGAUCGACGAAGCGGAGAUGGCCGAAAGGAAGAAGAAGUAUAAGGACAGCAUGAGGCUGAGCGUCAUGGCCCAGCCAGUGGACCCCGUGAUCCUGAGAGAUCUUGGCCUCGACGAGGAUCCGGCGCCCGCCUUGUGCAAAUCAGCCGGCUCCUCAGGCUAUGCCGAUUGGAGCUACCAGAUGGUGCACCAGCCUUUAUGGUACCUCAUUCCCGAGUUCCAUUAG